UUGUAAACUUCCGGUGAAAAUUGAAAGUAAGAAACCUGACUGAGAAAAGUUUGUCAGAGCAAUAUUGGAGAAAAUGACACUUCUCACAGUACUUCGACAUUGAUAAAAGCAAUAUGUACAACAGAAAGGAGAGAAAUACAGACCAUUUCUGUCACAUGAUUUGUGGAUAUUUUAUGAAAGAUGAUGAUUUACCAGAACAUGAUGAUGAUGACGAUUUUGAAGGGGAGGAAGAGGAAAUGCAGUUCUUAAACUAUCAGGAGAUGAAUGGCAUUGGACAGGGGAAACAACUCUAUGAAGGAAGAAAGAUGAAAAGUUGUCAGGGAAUUUUGAAAGAUCUUGACAGACCUAACAUAAGCAACAAGGUUGCAGCUCCAUUUCACUUCAUAGAUCCAUGGUGGAAAAUUUCUAUACUACGCACAAGGUUUUUAACUGGAGACAAACGUACAAGAUAUCCUAAAGAUGGUACAAGUUUGACAUACCAGAUUAGGCAGGAUGAUAAAGUAGUCAGAGAUAAACUAGUCAACAUGUUUCUCACCAAAACAUUAAGUCAAGCGGAAGAGAGACAAGAAAAUGGACAAAAUGGUGGCAAUGAUUCAUAUAUAUACAUUGAUGAAUUUUUACAAUAUUUAGAACAUAGUGGAAAUAACAGAAGAUUGAAAUUUGAACACCUUGAAGAGUUAUUACAUGAAUUUGCUAACUUUCUGCCAGAAGAUAAUAAGAUUUCAUCAGAAAAUGUAAUGAGAGCAUUGAAUACAACUGAGUGGGCAUGUAUAUCAAAGGCUUUGAAAUAUCCCAAGUUAGUCUCUCAUUUGUCACAGUUGCUACCCAUGCAGUUCAAAGCCAUCAUGGAGAACCCUGAAAAUGAAAGUCUUGUUAAAGAUCUCAGCAAGGCUUUAGACCUCAAACCAUGGGUGUUUGGAUUUAAAAAGUUACUGAACAAAGAUUAUGAUUUGGUAGGCUGUGAGGCAGCUUUGAUGUCAAUACAAAGAGCUGGCCUGUUUGAUGACUUAGACCAAGUAAAUAAAGAAGCGCUGAUUAUCUACGACUUUCUGAAGACUGACUCUAGACAAAAUGGCCAUACACAGAUUUCAUUGGCCAAGUUGAAAAUGAAAAUGGAGAAUGAGUGUAGAGUGUUAGAUGAAGCAUUGAAAUUCUUAAAACGGCACAAAAUAACGAAGGAAGUUGAGAUAGACAAUGAUAUGAAAGUGUGUUUACAACAGUUAUAUAAUUAUGAACGAAAAAUAACAGAAGGAAUUAAUACUCUUUAUAAAAAGCAGUUAGAAGAUCCUUGGGAACUUGAUGUUGAUCUGGACAGUGAAGAAUUUGAGAGAGUACGAGGAGACAAAGAGCAACUAGAAGCAGCUAAGAUGUUAUUAAAGUAUCCAAUAGUUGUUAUAUCAGGGAAAGGAGGUUGUGGUAAAACAACUGUUGUCACUAAAGUUAUGUCUUUACAAAAAGAAAAAGAAAAAGAUAAGACAGAAGAUUUGGAAGAAAAAAAUAAGAAAGAAGAAUGGGAAGAAGAAAUGUCACAAAUAGAUGGAAGAGAUGAAUUGGACUUGAAUGACUACAAAUACUCUCAGAAAACUAGAGGCAACAUCAAUGAUCCUGACUUUCCUGAAUCUGAGAUGUUCUGUAGCCCUGCAGACAGGGUACCAGAUUCUGAGGCACUCUGUACCCCUGAAGAUGGCACAGGAGAACCACAGGAAGAAGAUCCUAGGGACAGUUCUGAACCUAUCAUUAUAUACACUGCUCCAACAGGCAAAGCUGCUAAUUUACUGGGUAGACGAGCCAAUACAAAUGGUUUUACAUUACAUCAGAUUAUAUGGAGCUAUAAGUUUUACGUAACACAGAAAGAUCCAGAUGUUAAGUGGAAGUUCAGGCAUGUUAAGACACUUGUUGUUGAUGAAUGCAGUAUGGUGGCUGUUUCUACUUUUUCAACGCUUCUUACAACGCUGAUGGAAAAUUCAAAACUACGGAAAAUUGUUCUCCUAGGAGAUGUUCGACAGUUGCCAUCCAUUGAACCUGGAAAUCUCCUGGCUGACAUCUUUAAGUCAACGUAUCCUAUCAAGUCUGCUAUUGAACUUAAGACAAAUCACAGAGCUGAAUCAAAUCUCAUCAUACAAAAUGCCACAUACAUAUCUGAGAAGAGAUACCCAAUAUUUUCCUCAGAACACAACUUUGCUUUACAUGAAGUUCCUAAAGAGGGUAAUGAUAUGCAUGAUGUAGUUGUACAAAGAAUGUUAAAAGAUGAACCCACACUUCAAGACCACACCAGGUCUCAGUUUAUUACAUUUACCAAUAAAUAUUGUGAGAUGAUUAAUGAACAUGCAUGUAAAAAGUACAACAAUCAUACGACAAGGAAUCACAAAAAUAAACUGGAUUUCCGAAUCGGUGAUAAGAUUUGUCUGAAGAAGAAUGGUAUGGUUGUAGUAUACGAGGAUGAUGGGAAUGGUAAAAUAGAUGUUAAAUAUUUAGAGGGAGACUUAGAACCUGAACAAGCAGCAGACGCAAUGGAGAUAACACUCAUGUCACAAACACUUGAUGGAACAAGUCUAUGUGAAACAAUGAAUGCAACAAAUACAACAAUGAAUCCAGAAAGAAAUGAAGCAAGGAAGAAACAGAAAAAGAAGAAGACAGCUGCUACCAUCAGACUUUGUAAUGGAGAAAUUUACUUCAUUAAAGAUGAAGUCAAUAGUGUGAGCAACAGAGGAAGAGCAGAUAGAUUUUUAAAAUUUUCUGAUGAAGAUCGUGAAUGUCCUAGGGAAUUGUGGGUAAAUUACAAAGAAGUCAUGCAGAAGUGCAAAAUGAAACAUUCCUGGGCUCGUACUAUUCAUACAUUUCAGGGAUCAGAAUGUGAGACAUUAGUAUAUGUACUGGGGUUCAAUCAGUAUCAAAACUGGCAGCAUGUGUAUACUGCCGUAACAAGGGGAAAGAAAGCAGUCCAUAUUGAAGGAACAAAAUACCAUCUACAAAAGGCUAUACAGAAAGACCCAGAGAGAAGGAAUACAACUUUAUACCAUCAGCUACAUAACAUGUUACCAGUUGAGGAAAUUUUAGAUGAAUUGGUUUCAAAGGAAGAAAGCCCUAAAGAACAAAUGUUCACCAUUUUGAAAGACAAAGAAAAUGCCUAUGCUGGACCUGGCACAUUAUUCAAUAGCAGUAGUAUAAAACCUUCUACAUCAACACCUUUAUGUCAAAGAAAUGGACUCCAAAUCUUCCUAAAGAAGCCACAUUUAGACAGUAUAAUGGACUCUGAUGAUGUGGCACCUCAGUCACCACUUUCUGACAGUCAGUGGUCUGAUUAUGGAGAUGACACUUACAUCGAAGCAACCCAAGAAAGCAAAAAAUGUCCAGAUAAUCAAAAUGACAUAAGUAGUACUGAAAAUGACAAUAGUUUCGAUCUGAUGGAUUCUUUAGACAUGACAGAAAACUCUGAAAUAAACGGUGACUUGACUGCUGCCUGUGACUUGUUAGAAGCCUCAAUGGCUCAGAACAGUCAAAUAACAUCAGUCAAAUCAAAAGGUCAUAAUACAGAUCUUCAAGCCUCAUUUUCAAACUAUCAGACAAAGAGUUCAAAAAAGGGGAGUAAUUCAUCUGCAGAUUCUUUAAGUAUUGAUGAGUUUGACAGUUUUUCUUCAGAAUCACCAAAAAAGAAAUAUAAAGUAGAAGAUUUGUUUACAACACCCAAGAAAAAAAAGCCAACAAAACCAGAACCAGAAGUAUCACCAACAAGAAAGAUGCUUACUCAGCUUCAAUUCAAAUGAGUCUUAUCAAUAAUGUCAAAUCGUACUAUACUGUUGUUUCAUUAUUAUUCAUUGGAUACCAAUUUUCAUCGUUUUCGAAGGUACAGGUGAACAACGAAUUUUAAUGUUCAACAAAUUACAAUUUAUAUUUUUAUCAGGUUGUAUGCAACCUUUGGCAAAGCCAUGGAAUCACCUAUCCACGAAAAGGCAUGUUUUCUGCCAUCCACGAAAAUUCCUACCAACGAAUAUAAAUGAAGCCAAAGUAUUUUUAAAUUCUGUGAAAAAAAACAUUGCCACCAUUUUGUUGUUAACCUUUUGGUAUAUAGCAUCCUAUAGAAUUCAUAAAGUUGUUUUCUCUUAAUUAAUGUAUGUAAUAACUGAAGGAAAUAUCUGAUGUUUGGUUUUCUAUGGUUUUGAACAAAUAUAAUUUGAAAACAUUCUAGUCUAUUCAUAGUAACUACUAUGUGUUGGAUGAUAUGCAAGUUAGGUUAUAAUACUACAAAUGAUUUUAGUGAUGUAUUUUUAAGAAUUCAACUGAUGAGGGGGUAUAGGACCUUUAUUUGGACUCUGGGAUCUGGUGUUUUUAAGUUUGGGAUUUCAGGACCUGGGAAUUCUUUUUUCAUAUUUGGGAUGUCUGGAUUUAAUUUUAAUCAAAAUCGGGACCUCAUGAUUUCGUGUUGUUUUUAAGCCUGGGAUUUCUGGAUCAGGACCCCAACUACCUACACCCCCUCCCCCUCAAUGACCAAACUACACUACAUUUACAUAAUGACAGGUACUUGCCAGCAUUACAUAGGUUAUAGUAAUAAAAUGACAUUUUGAUUUUUUUCUUACAAGGAGAAGAAUUUAAAGAUGAUAUUAGAUAGAACUUGAACUUGCAUUGUGUGUGUCAAUGGUCAUCUACACAGGGGCUGAUCCAGUCAUUUUAAAAGGGGGGGUCCCAACCCAGGACAAAGGGGAGGUUCCAACUAUAUGUCUCUAUUCAAAUACAUUGAUCCUCCAAAAAAAAGGGGGGUCCAACCCCCGGAACCCUCUGCCUGGAUCCGCCACUGCUACAUGCCAUAUGUUAGCAUUUGUUUUCAAUUCUCUUUUGAAAUGGUAGAUAUUUAAUCAUUCCAAUUUCUUAGGAUUUUUUAUUUUGUCACAUGAAUCAAAAACAUAUGAAAUUUGUAGUAUUUUUCUUCCACGUUUAUUUAUCAAAUUUCUAUGUUGGGCAUCAUCAUCAAAUGAAACUUGUGCAAUAAUCAAAAUGAUUUUUAUAUUUGUAAAAUAAUAAUAAAAGGAU